CGUCGAGAUACAACGGAUAGUUCUGAGUCUCUUGAAGAGGUUAACUUUCUUCCCUCAAGGGUUCGGUAAUAGAUGCAUUGAGAACACUGUAACUAUUUCAUUCUCAUUCUAUACUGCACUACCCGUUGUUGAAAUAUUUCUAAUAUCUAAUCUUCGUCAUGAACGCUUCCGCAACAAUACGCAGUGCGUACGUCCGCGCAUCAAUGAUGCUUGAAUUCCAAGCUAGGCUGAUCGUUCUCUUUAGUAGCGCGAUCUUUAUGUUCGCAGGCAUCGUCGACUUUCCUAGGAUCAUAUCCAAGGAAUCGCCACUGUUCGCGUCCAUAGUAUUCGGGCCCCAGGUCAUUCAUGGCUUUUUGUUCCUUUUCGCAAAUGCCAUGCUUGCUAUAAGUGAGCAACACAAGUGGUACAUCCCAAAGAUCAGCGAUCCGGACUGGCUGGGGGCGUUCCUCAACGCCACAGGUGGCUUCUGGUUCAUGAUGGCUGGGUUCUUCUUCUUUCAGAAAGACGAGCUGGCCGCAGCCGCAGCCGCUAUGGUGGGAAGUUGGGCGUUUCUGGUGAGGAGUCUAGUGAGGUGGUAUGUGGUAAUGGAAUUUUGUUGAGACUUGGAGAUAGCUAUAGAGCUCUAUAGAAGUUGUCAUUUGAUACGCGUGGAAAGUCUGUUUCCACGAGACAUAUAUUAGAUUC